UGCGAGCCGGGCCAGUCAAUCAGCGGCAGAGCUGAGAAGGGCACAGCCGUGCGGCCGAGGGCAGUGAGCUGAGCCGGGCUGGGUGAGCGGAGCAGCGCCGGGUGGCUGAAGCCCCGCGCCAGCGAUCGCCCGCCGACGCCGCCCACACUCUGCUCUUCUGCGACUCCUGCCACCUUCCCUUCCUUCCCUGAGCCCCUCCGCCCCUGGCUAGCUGGCCCGGGUUCUCUAGCCUUCGGAGUCCCGAGGUCACGGAUCCUCUCCCUAGUCCCUUGGGUCCCGCGCCCAUUCCACGCCUUUUUCCUCGUACCCCACCCCGGCUGGGCGCCUGGCACCGGGGACCGUUGCCUGACGCGAGGCCCAGCUCCACUUUUCGCCCGCGUCUCCUCCUCCUGCCCUCCUCCUCCUCCUCCUCCUUCACUACCAACUCCAACUCCCCAGUUCUCGCUCCGCUCGUGAGUGUUCACUCCGCGCCUCUCCGCCCGCUCCGCAGCGCUGCUUUCCAUCGGGUCUCAUUCUGUCCUCUAAAGGUGGGAGCGCGUCCGUCAGGGUCCGCACCAUGGCACGCUUAGGCUUGCUCGCGCUCCUCUGCACCCUGGCCGCGCUCAGCGCCUCGCUGCUGGCUGCGGAGCUCAAGUCGAAAAGUUGCUCGGAAGUGCGACGUCUCUACGUGUCCAAAGGCUUCAACAAGAACGAUGCCCCCCUCUAUGAGAUCAACGGUGACCAUUUGAAGAUCUGUCCCCAGGAUUAUACAUGCUGUUCUCAAGAGAUGGAAGAGAAGUACAGCCUGCAAAGUAAAGAUGAUUUCAAAACUGUGGUCAGCGAACAGUGCAACCAUUUGCAAGCCAUUUUUGCAUCCCGUUACAAGAAGUUUGAUGAAUUCUUCAAAGAACUUCUUGAAAAUGCAGAGAAAUCCCUGAAUGAUAUGUUCGUGAAGACAUAUGGCCACUUAUACAUGCAAAAUUCAGAGCUAUUUAAAGAUCUCUUCGUUGAGUUGAAGCGUUACUAUGUGGCGGGAAACGUGAACCUGGAAGAAAUGUUAAAUGACUUCUGGGCUCGCCUUCUGGAGCGCAUGUUCCGCCUGGUGAACUCCCAGUACCAUUUUACAGAUGAGUACUUGGAAUGUGUGAGCAAAUAUACGGAGCAGCUGAAGCCUUUUGGAGAUGUCCCUCGGAAACUGAAGCUCCAGGUUACCCGCGCGUUUGUUGCAGCCAGGACCUUCGCUCAAGGCUUAGCAGUUGCAAGGGAUGUAGUUAGCAAAGUCUCCGUGGUGAACCCCACAUCUCAUUGCACCCAUGCACUGCUGAAGAUGAUCUACUGCUCCCACUGCCGAGGCCUGGUGACUGUGAAGCCCUGUUACAACUAUUGCUCAAACAUCAUGCGAGGCUGUUUGGCCAACCAAGGAGACCUUGAUUUUGAGUGGAACAAUUUCAUAGAUGCUAUGCUGAUGGUGGCAGAGAGGCUGGAGGGUCCUUUCAACAUUGAGUCCGUUAUGGAUCCCAUCGAUGUGAAGAUUUCUGAUGCUAUCAUGAACAUGCAGGAUAAUAGUGUUCAAGUGUCUCAGAAGGUUUUCCAAGGCUGUGGACCUCCGAAGCCUCUCCCAGCUGGACGAAUUUCUCGAUCCAUCUCUGAAAGUGCCUUCAGUGCUCGAUUCAGACCUUAUCAUCCAGAGCAACGCCCAACCACGGCAGCUGGCACUAGUUUGGACCGACUGGUUACUGAUGUCAAGGAGAAACUGAAACAAGCUAAGAAGUUCUGGUCCUCUCUCCCAAGCACCGUUUGCAAUGAUGAGAGGAUGGCAGCAGGAAAUGAAAAUGAGGAUGACUGCUGGAAUGGCAAAGGCAAAAGCAGGUACCUGUUUGCAGUGACAGGAAAUGGAUUGGCCAACCAGGGCAACAACCCAGAAGUCCAGGUUGACACCAGCAAGCCAGACAUACUGAUCCUUCGUCAGAUCAUGGCCCUUCGGGUUAUGACCAGUAAAAUGAAGAAUGCUUACAAUGGAAAUGACGUGGACUUCUUUGACAUCAGUGAUGAGAGUAGUGGAGAGGGAAGUGGAAGCGGAUGUGAAUAUCAGCAGUGCCCUUCGGAGUUCGAGUACAACGCCACUGACCAUUCUGGGAAGAGCGCCAACGAGAAAGCUGACAGUGCUGGUGGUGCCCAUGCAGAGGCAAAGCCCUACCUCCUCGCUGCUCUCUGCAUCCUGUUCCUCGCUGUGCAGGGAGAGUGGAGAUAAUUGUCAAACUCUGAGUAAAAGUGUUCGUCAUCAGAAAGUUCAAAGGCACCAAGUUCUCACUUUUUUUUUUUUUUUUUUUUACCAUCCUAGUGACUUUGCUUUUUAAAUGAAUGGACAACAAUGUACAGUUUUUACUGUGUGGCCACUGGUUUAAGCAAUGUUGACUUUGUUUUUUUCAUUCAGUUUGAGGGGACAGCGGGGCCUCCUGCCUUUAAGUUUGUUCCCUCCCUCAUCUCCCCCCUCCUUUGAGACUCGUGUUCUGCGUGGCUAGCAGUGUAGGUACAGAACUGUAGUUAGUUGUGCAUUGGUGAUCUUGUUUUCUUUGUUGGCUUCUCUGAUUUUAUUUGUGGGGUUUUUCUUUUCCAAUUAUGGUCUCACCUUGUUUCUCACAAGAAAACCAGGGUCCUUUCUUGGCAUGUAACAUGUACGUAUUUCUGAAAUAUUAAAUAGCUGUACAGAAGCAGGUUUAUUUAUCAUGUUAUCUUAUUAAAAGAAAAAGCCCAAA